GAGCUAACCUCAAGGCGUGGACCAUUAAAAAUAACAUCUCUGACUGUCAGGAUAACUCCGUCUCGUCGUCUUUACUGUGGAUAAUUACAAACCGGCGCUUUAAAAAAAAAGAAGAUAGUCGUGACUGUUUCCAAAAAAGGGCGGACAGCUAUGUCUUCUCAUAUUUAAGGGUAGCUCAGUUAGCUUAAGUUCAUGCUAACUAGCUUGCGAGUGAUUGAAGCUAACAUUAGCUGCGGUCGAGACCAAACAAGAAGCUUUUAUUGCUACGAAGCUAGACCCAAACCCAGCAGGGCUUCAAAGGUAUGUGAACCUGAAAAACGGACGUGUUGGUGCCAGCAGACGCCGAGCGCUAAUGGCGUUAACAGGAGCCUCUGGAGACUGUCAGGAAUAUGCACAAUGGAGCAGAUGAUGUGAAUUGUGAUGUCAACAGAGAUGAUGGGGAUAUGAUGUAGCUUAUGUGCUUUUCUCCUUAAAGUGACAACAUGGAAUCUGAAGAUAUAACUGACCCAUAUGAAGACAACAGGGAUGCUGAUCGAAGUCAGCAGUCACUAAGGAGUUCAAAAAAAGAGUCCCGAGCAUCAUCCGUCCAAAAACACAAAAACAACUUCCGGGACAAGAUCCAGGAUGAGGGUGAAAAAGAAGGCUGUGUUGAGAGUAGAUCGAAAACCAGAAUCUGGCGUUCAGAUCCAGACCGGGACCAGAUAUCAGAUGGAGAGGGACGGAAAAGUAGUGGGUCGUUUUACUCUGAAGAUUAUGAGAAUGAGUCUCCUUCAGAUCGCUCGAUCUCACCAUACUCCCGGUCCAGGACCCCAUCCCCUGUCCCUCAGAGAGGGGUGCGGUCAAAGAGGAUGUCAAACAGCCCCCUCUAUAAGACGGGUGGUGUGGGGCGCCGAGGUGUGACUCGUCCACAGCGUCCAGGUGGUCAGCCCCUGACCCAGCAGCAUCGCAGAGGAGUGCGUUCACAAAGCAAGGAGUCCACGCCCCCUAAAGACCUGGACUUAGUGACCAAGAGGAUGCUGUCAGCCCGCCUGCUAAAGAUCAAUGAGCUGCGUAACUCGCUUGCUGAGCUGCAGCAACGCACUGAUGAGCUGCAGAAAGAAAACCGAGUCCUCAGACAGCUUCAAGUGCGUCAAGAGAAAGCCCUGCACCGCUACGACGACACAGAAAGUGAGAUUUCGCAGCUACUGUCGCGCCACGCCAACGAGACCCAAGUGCUGCGUGAGCGGCUCAGGCGCACUCAGGAGCGGGAACGGGCAGCUGAGCGACGGUUGAAGGACAGCGAGGAACAGCUGCAAAGGAGCCAGACGACUAUCGCGAGGCUAAAGAAGCUGGUCGACCAGCGUGAGUUAGGAGCCAGAGACGAGCUGAGCCGCAGGCUAGAGGAAGAGAAAAGACGGGCCCAAGAAGCAGAACGCAAGAUUAAGGAUCUGGAGCGUAGCAAUGAGCUGAGCAGCAGCAGUUAUCAGAGGCAGCUGGCUGCAGAGAGGAAGAAGACAAUCAGUGCCCAGGAAGACAUCAGGACUCUGCAGGAGGAGCUGGAACGACUGACCAAUAAACUCAAGGAGAAGGAGAGAGAACUAGACACAAAGAACAUUUAUGCCAACCGCAUGAUGAAACCCUCACUAAGAAAAGAUGCAGACAGCGCCACAAAUCGGAAAGUCCCCAGCAGGAGCAGCACCAAGGCAGUGCAGACUAAUGACAGGACAUCUAGUGUUGAUUUCCCCACACCUCCACCUGCCAUCACUGAUGCCAAUGAGUACAACAUACAGGCACCUGAUGAAUAUCUAUCACUCAAGCAGGAGCUUGACAGAGUGGACAGACAGGCAGAGACAGAGGACAGACAUCAAAAGUGGGAACAGCAGAAGAUCAGAGACAGAGAAAAAGAUGGAGUCAAGGAGAAGGAGCUGAUGAAGGAGAAGGAGAAAGAGGAGAAGCAGCAACUCAACCUGGAGCUUAAUGUGCUUGAGGAGAAAGCAAAGAGACUAAGAGAUAGCUGGGAGAAUAAAAAAGAGGAAGAAGACAGAAAGAGGACAAGUUCUCUGCUAGUCCAGGAGGAAGAGAACAACAGGAAACGUGGCCAUGUCCAGGAAGAGGUGGAGAGGUGGAACCAGGGGGCUGUGGCCAAUCAGCAAGCAGCAGAGGAGGCACGUCGCAAAAAAGAACAGCUGCUGGCUAAGAUGCGGGAAAUAGACCGCCAAGACCACGUAGCCCAGGACAUCAUGUUUGAAGAGUCGAGUCCUUUUGAGUCCAAUAAAGCCUCCAGUAACCACUCUUCUCCUCGUCUUCCUGAGCAGAGGAACCAUAACUCAAUUUUUACCCUCACGGAAACAGAGGAGUCGGCCAGUUUGCGUGGUGGCGCUGGAAGCGGGGAUGCCGGAAGGAGAAGAUCGGGCACGGGGGGUGGAGCUGCUACAACAGGAAUGGCGAGGAGAGCAAUGCGGCCCCAAACCUCCAGUGAUGACUUGGCAUUCGGAAGCUACGCGCCUUCUUUCGGACACUCAGCUUCUCGAGGUUCUUUAGGCUUCCCCCCACCUCCGCCCAAAGAGGACAGGGACUCUGCAUUAGAAGCAAUAGGUGUUUUCAGUCUCAGAGGGGUGGAGACAGAGAAAGAAAGGGAAACAGAGAGAGGAGCGGGGACAGAAAAGAAGUCUAGCCUCAUGCAGCAGCUAUUUGGUACCCUGGCAACACCUGCUGGUGACAGUGUGAGCCACUCCAAUAAAAUGGAGAUACUCAACAGUCCUCCGCCUACCAAUGGAGUCCGUUCAAGAAGGGAAGGACUGCUCAGCUUCAACUCAGGGUCUUCCACUCCUCCAGCAUCCUCCCUGAACACCGUACACGUCGCAGACAGCAGGCCUGCCAUCCGUGCCAUUGCCUCAUUUGAUGAUGACAUAGAGGAACUUACUUUAUGAAAUUAAUUUAGAUUUGAGGUGGAUGUUCUCCCAGCAGGCCAGCACUGAUGUCUAUCAGUCACAAAAUGAGACAAAAUAUAAAAGUGAGUGAUUACUUAGUCUGGACACUUUUGUUUCCCAAUGAAAAUUUCCACAUUAUCAACAACACCAAACAGAGAAGUGAGAAAAAAUGUAUCUAAAGUACUAUACAAAUAUAUAAAUGAUAAAUUAUUUAACUUGAGUUUAAUGUUUCAUGUGGACAACUUUUAAUUUAAUGUUAUCUUUGAGCAUUCAGGUGUAGACACAUGUAUGAGAUAGCUGAGAUAGCUGUGGAAGUGUUGCUGAAACUGGUAAUAUAAGAUUUUUAACCCACUGUGUUGUGAAGACAACAACUUGUACUGGUUUCACUUAAUCUGAAGACAUUUCUCAGGUUGCAUUUCAGCAAAUCAAGCUUCUUUGCAUUUAACAUUUUAGCGCUUUGCCAUAUUUUGUAGGCUCAUAAUGAUAGUUUGGAGUUGUUGUUGCUAUUGUUUGUUGGUGUAGUAUCCUGCAGUUCUUUGGACACAUUUUAUUUCACAAAAUUUGGGCAUAGUUUUUUGAGUCCAUGCCAUAAGAAUGUACUACUAAGCAAUAUGACAAUCACAGUUUGUUUAGACUCCUUCCUGAAUGCCUGUUUAAAAAAAGGGUUAUUUUUUAUGAAAAUGGCAGUUUUCUGCAGGUUCAUUACCAAUAUUAUUUUAAUAAUGAUUAAAUGUCCCACUGCUGUUACAAAGAAAAUAUCUGUGACCCUGCAGAAACAUGUUAUCUGAUGAUAAAUUAUUAAUAUAAGCUUGUUGGAAGCUAUUGCUCAGGCUAGGAAGCUAUUGUAGUUGUGUGUACAUUUGAAUUAAUUAAUCAAAAUGUGUGUUAGCACAGAAAAAAAUGUUUACUAGUUGAUCACUUGACUUGAACUCCUAAUAUGGCACAAGGAUGUCAGUGAGCACACUGCAUCAGUAAACUGAAAAGGGACAUAUUUUAAAACAUAAUACAUAUGUUUUCUUCUAACCCAAUGUACUGAGUACAACUGCUGUAUAUCAAUCUUGAUUAUUUGACUGUAACCCAACAGCAAUGUCUCUUCAGAAAUUAUGACCUGGUUACUUAAGAUAGUCCACAGACUCAAACCAAUAAAUAUACAUAAAUAAAUAAUGAUUAAAAGAAAUGUUAAAUGGG